UAAUAAGCUAGCCUGUCUGAAGCCUGCCGAAGAAGAGGUCGAGGACGCAUGCGCAGUGUGUAACGAAACGAGUCAACGGACGAAGUUGGAAACAAGACCAGUCUCUCAAUCCAAAUAUAUACUUAAAGAAAGAAACGAUGGAGUCUGUCCCUCCUCUAUCCGCACUUCGUCUUCUGGUUUCUCCUCUGCGCCUCACGUCUGCCUUCAUGUGGCAAGUUGUCAAGGACCAGAAUGUGGAGCAGUUUGGAAAACUUGAAGAAUUUGUUUCUGUGAUGACAAACCUUGUGCCAGAGCUCUUAAGUAGGAGGCAGAGGGCCACUUUGAUAGUAGGGCUGCGGGCAAAGAUGAUUCUCGAGAUGUGUCGAGGUGAGCUCCCAGCGGACCUUCAUACUGUCAAAUCACACAUUCACCAAAUUCAGACUGCUGAUUUACUAAAGGUGAGUGACACAGACAUGGAGAGUUUACAAGACAGCGUACUUCAGCUUGUCCUGAGCUUGCUAGAAGACUCCAUGAAAAGAGAAUACUUCUUUCAGGAGGUAUUUCCAGUUGAGUACGGUCCUGACUUUGACAAAGCACUGCAAGUCCUUGUUGGCUUUUUUCUCUCCAGAUUGGAGCAACUUCUGCCUGUACCAAACUUCAAACAGCUCUCAUUGUUGCUCAACUGUCACCCUGGGGAGCUAGAUGCAUGUGUGGAUUCGGUUUGUAAAUCACAGAAUUUACUAUCCUUGCUGCAGACAGAUGUUUGUGGGACUUUGGAUAAAAAUGUCCUUCCAACAAUAGUGGAGGAUCGAAUCGUGUCAUCAUUGUCAUUGCCACCUGCUGGUGACUCAGUCAUUAUAAACCAGCACAACAAUGAUGGCAAGCUACUGGCUAUUGAUUCUGAAAAUCAGCCAAACCAACAACAUGGUGUGGACAGGGAGGAUGUGAUAGCUGAUCCAAAUGUCCAGGAUGUGGGAUCCACCUUCAGCAGUGAGUCCUCAGACUCCUCUAGAGGCAGUGAUGGAGAAAAGGAAACAAACUCUUAUGUCGAUGAAUUGAAACAGAGUAACUCAGAAGAGCCAAGUGUACCAUCAUCCACCGAUGAUGCUCAUAGAGGUGAUUUAGUUUUUCAGACAGCUGUGCCUCUCCAACGGCCCUCUCUUGACACCUUCCCAAACUCACCUUCUAAAGGCUUCCACUAUGCAGGCAGGACUGUACAUAAAUGUCAGCAGUGUACAAAAUACUUCAUCUAUCGCUCUGAUCUUGUCAAGCACCAGGAAAUUCACACCCAGGUGGGGACACAUGAGUGUCCUCAGUGCGGCCAGGUUUUUGACGAUUCAGCGCAGCUGGUGUCACACAGGAGCACCAAUUGCAAUUACAGAGUUUUUAAGUGCAUCAAAUGCACAGCCCACUUUAGAUCCCUCAGGACCCUAUACAGGCACAACCGAGUGCACAAAGAGAAAACCACACAUAAGUGCCCUGAAUGUGGACGGCUGUUCACUAGCCUGUCAAGGUUGGUUAGUCACCGGCGAACUCACCGAACUCCCACUGUUAAAAAGAACUACACUUGUAAACAAUGCAACGAGACUUUCGGGUCGUACCGAGCCAGUUUAAUCCACCAGAAGAUUCACAAAGUUAAAGAUGACCGCCCGUCUAAACCGGAACGGCAGCCAGGAAAGUGCCGAUUUUGUGACUUAACAUUCAAUGUUGACAGCGAAUUAAGAAGCCACCUGAAGACCCAUGCAGAGUUCAGGCCUUAUAUAUGCGACCAGUGUGGGAAGUGUUUUUCAGCAAACAGCAGCCUGCUUGCCCACCUCUCAAACCACACAGGGGAGAAACCUCUCCUUUGUUCGCAAUGUGGAAAGCGAUUUUACAGCAAAAUCCAAUUAAAAUCUCACAUGAGAUGUCAUUCUGAUGAGCGGCCGCACAUCUGUCCGUACUGCGAGAAGCAGUUUUCACUGUCUGGGAAUUUAAAGAUCCACAUCAGAAUUCACACCGGGGAGAAACCGUACGUUUGCCAUCAGUGCGGAAAGGGUUUUGUCUCCGCCGGAUGCCUGCAGGUGCAUCUGCGCUCUCACACAGGAGAAAAGCCGUAUCAAUGCAAAAUCUGCGGCAAGAAAUUUGUGGUUUCGAGUCACCUUACGGCGCACAUGUGCUUUCACACUGGAGAACGUCCACACUGCUGCUUGCAGUGUGGGAAACGGUUCAUCCGGCGUUAUGACUUGAGCAAGCACAUGUACACUCAUAUUGGGAAGAGGCCGUUCCCAUGUCCUCUGUGCCCAAAGGCUUACACGUGUCGUACACACUUAAACAGGCACAUGAAGAGCCACAGUGUUUGACUUGAACCAUUUGUCAUCCUGAGUGCCUUGUGUGGAAUGAAAUCCAUCAUGAUCUUCAAAGCAAUAGUUCACCCAAAAACGAAUCAUUUUCAAAAAUUCUCAAAACUCCAUUAUUUACUCACCUCCAUGACCAUGUCUAAACCCAUAUGCUGUUUUGAUUUGGGGUGAACUGUCUCUUUAAUAAAAACAUGUUUCAUCUUUGCGUCCUGCCAUACUGUGUGAGCUGUUGUUGUUUCAUAACAACAAAGUCAUUUGAAGAACUGCUGCAACAUUUUCAUGCAUUACUGAUGUGUAACAGUUUCGUCUUGUGGAUAUGUUGUGUGCAAUAUAGUUCCAGAGCUCACUUUUGUUCUUUUAGAUUUAGGGUUUUGUAAGAUAUAUGAUUUAAAUCUAGAAUUAUCCUCAGUUAACAAUUAAAGAAAUGUGCUGAAUAGUAUAACCUCAUACUAAACUGUGUAGACGACUUAAAAGUGGGAAUAAAAAAAUCAUACAAA